UGUCCAAAAAUUUUAGAUUGAAUUUCGUUGGCAAUCGGUAUCAUCUAAUUUUGUACAGUUAAUUGAAUUGUCAAUGAAAUAAAUAUUCUAUUUUCCUUUCUAUCUUUGAAUUAAAUCAAAUUGUUUUGUAUGUGUUACAUAUUACUGACUGGCAAAUAAAUACAAUGGGUGAAGAUCCGUUGUUUGAGAUGAGAAAUGCUUUUUACAUUGGCAAUUUUCAACAUUGUAUCAAUGAAGCUCUCAAAAGCAAGGUAAACUCGGAAGAAAAAGAUAUUCUAAUGUAUCGGUCUUACAUUGCUCAGAAAAAGUAUGGUGUUGUUUUGGAUGGUAUUACCGCAUCAGGAUCAUCUAAUCUUCAGGCUUUGCGUUUGCUUGCAAUGUAUCACACUGAAAAAGACACCGAUGCAAAAGCUAAAAUAGCUGAAAAAAUCUUUAAUAUGGCAAAUUUUGCGUCGACCUCGGAAAAUCCUGAUGAUUACGUUAAACUUUUGGUUGCUGCGAUCGUUCAUUGUAAUGAAGCUGUAGCUUUAAGAGUUCAACCCGAUGCUGGACUGCGAGUUUUACAUGCUUCUGAUCAUAUUGAAUGUAUUGCUAUGAUGCUUCAAAUCUAUCUGAUGCUGGAUCGAGUUGACCUUGCUCGUAAAGAACUGAAAAAAAUGCAAGAAAAGGAUGAAGAAGCAACUUUAACUCAGCUUGCUCAGGCAUGGAUCAAUAUUCAUGUUGGCGGCGAAAAGUUCCAAGAAGCUUAUUACAUUUACCAAGAGUUAGCUGAUAAAUAUGGACCAACUCCUCUCCUCUUGAAUGGAAUUGCUGUUGCCCAAAUUGGUCAAGGAAAGUACGAGGAAGUGGAAUCAAUUUUACAACAAGCUCUUGAAAAAGAUAACAACAACCCCGAAACACUGAUAAACUUGAUUCAUGUUUCUCAUCAACUUGGUAAACCGCCGGAAGUUUGUAACCGAUUCCUCAGUCAGCUUAAAGAUUCUAACAGCAUUCAUCCUUAUGUUAAUGAUCUUCAGUCUAAAGAGAAUGAGUUCGAAAGGUUGACCAGGCAAUACACUUUGCAGUUCGAGUGAAGAAAUGUCAAUCAAAAAUCAACUAAAAGCAAAAUUCUUAAUCUAUUUUCCUUUUCUUUUGUAUUUCAAGUCUUUCCAGGAGCUAUGAAAGCCUGUUUCUUAAAAGAUUGAAACAAUUUAAAUGAGCCUAAUUAUGCCAAGCUUGCUUGCAGAAAAUUUUAGAGACUAUUAUGAUAUAUGUAAAUGGAUGAUUAAAUUGGUUAUCAAGUAGCCUUCCUCUAAUUUUUAAUCAAA